GAACAUGACGGCGCCCUGGGCGGCCCUCGCCCUCCUCUGGGGAUCGCUGUGCGCCGGUUCCGGGCGCGGGGAGGCUGAGACCCGGGAGUGCAUCUACUACAAUGCCAACUGGGAGCUGGAGCGUACCAACCAGAGCGGCCUGGAGCGCUGUGAGGGUGAGCAGGACAAGCGACUACACUGCUACGCCUCCUGGCGCAACAGCUCUGGCACCAUCGAGCUCGUCAAGAAGGGCUGCUGGCUGGACGACUUCAACUGCUACGACAGGCAAGAGUGUGUGGCCACCGAGGAGAACCCCCAGGUGUACUUCUGCUGCUGUGAAGGCAACUUCUGCAACGAGCGCUUCACCCACUUGCCGGAGGCUGGGAGCCCAGAAGUCACGUACGAGCCACCCCCGACAGCCCCCACCCUGCUCACGGUGCUGGCCUACUCGCUGCUGCCCAUUGGGGGCCUCUCUCUCAUCGUCCUGCUGGCCUUCUGGAUGUACCGGCAUCGCAAACCCCCAUAUGGCCAUGUGGACAUCCAUGAGGACCCCGGGCCUCCACCCCCCUCCCCUCCGGUGGGCCUGAAGCCACUGCAGCUGCUGGAGAUCAAGGCUCGGGGCCGCUUUGGCUGUGUCUGGAAAGCCCAGCUCAUGAACGACUUUGUGGCUGUCAAGAUCUUCCCACUCCAGGACAAGCAGUCAUGGCAGAGUGAACGGGAGAUCUUCAGCACACCUGGCAUGAAGCAUGAGAACCUGCUACAGUUCAUCGCUGCUGAGAAGCGAGGCUCCAACCUUGAAGUGGAGCUAUGGCUUAUCACAGCCUUCCAUGACAAGGGCUCCCUCACAGAUUACCUCAAGGGGAACAUCAUCACGUGGAACGAACUGUGUCAUGUGGCAGAGACGAUGUCACGAGGCCUCUCAUACCUGCAUGAGGAUGUGCCCUGGUGCCGUGGCGAGGGCCACAAGCCGUCUAUUGCCCACAGGGACUUCAAAAGCAAGAAUGUAUUGCUGAAGAGCGACCUCACGGCUGUGCUGGCUGACUUUGGCCUGGCCGUUCGGUUUGAGCCAGGGAAACCUCCAGGGGACACCCAUGGGCAGGUGGGCACGAGACGGUACAUGGCCCCUGAGGUGCUCGAGGGAGCCAUCAACUUCCAGAGAGAUGCCUUCCUGCGCAUUGAUAUGUAUGCCAUGGGGCUGGUGCUUUGGGAGCUCGUGUCUCGCUGCAAGGCUGCAGAUGGACCUGUGGAUGAGUACAUGCUGCCUUUUGAGGAAGAGAUUGGUCAGCACCCUUCUCUGGAGGAGCUGCAAGAGGUGGUUGUGCACAAGAAGAUGAGGCCCACCAUUAAGGAUCACUGGCUGAAGCACCCGGGCCUGGCCCAGCUCUGUGUGACCAUCGAGGAGUGCUGGGACCAUGAUGCUGAGGCUCGCCUGUCGGCGGGCUGUGUGGAGGAGCGGGUGUCCCUGAUCCGGAGGUCGGUCAACGGCACUACCUCGGACUGUCUUGUCUCCCUGGUGACCUCUGUCACCAAUGUGGACCUGCCCCCUAAAGAGUCAAGCAUCUAAGCCCAGGACAUGAGUGUCUCUCCAGACUCAGUGGAUCUGAAGAA